AUGGCUUUUGUAUUAAACACGGUUAUACUUGGGAUCUUAGUUUAUUGUUUACGAUGGGUAAUCGGUCGCAUCCAAGAGAAUAAGGAAACACGCGCUAUUAUAAAAAAUCUUGGUUGCCUUUCGCCUCCAUUACUCGAAAACCAGAGACCUCUUGGAAUCGAUCGUCUAGAGCAGAUAUUUCGAGCCGAUAAUGAAUCGAGACUUAUGGAGCUGUUUCUCUUCCACUUCAGGCAGACCGGUUAUACUCUGAAGCAAAUUUUCUUGUUGACUCCGGCCUAUGGUACCGUGGAUCCCGCCAAUUUGGAAGCUAUCAUGUCCACAAAAUUUUCGGAUUGGGGAAUGGGACCGCGGCGUGCUAUCUCCUUCCCAAUGUUUGGCGAAGGAAUAUUUAUUCAGGACGGCGAAGCUUGGAAACAUUCCAGAGACUUGCUUAGACCACAUUUUGUCCAUAGGCAAUACGAAGAUCUGGAAGUCUUUAGAGAAUCUGUUGAUGAGUUGCUUGAUGCUCUCCCUAAAGAAGGAGGGGUCGUUGAUUUACAGCCAUUUCUCAAAUCCCCAGAUUCAACAAACGAACAAGAUUUUGCAGGCGCAUUUAAUGCUGCACAAGAAUACGUUGUAAAGAGAUUUCGGCUCUUGGAUCUUUACUGGCUUAUUGGAGGGAAGAAAUUCUCCCAAGCCUGUAGCAAAGUGCACGAAUUCGCUGACCAAAUUAUCGAACACAAUCUUUCACUAGAUUCAGAGGCUGGGACCGAUAAGAAAUAUGACUUCUUGAGAUCAGUAGAUAAGAGUAUGCAAGGCGAUCGUGAGUUACUGCGAGGACAAAUUGUCAAUAUCCUUGUUGCUGGGAGAGAUACCACCGCCUGCCUUCUUUCUUGGACAUUAACAGAGCUACGAAAUAUGAAAUACCUUCAAAAUGUUCUCAAGGAAACCCUUCGUCUGUAUCCUUCUGUCCCUGUCAAUACGAGAACUUCUUUGAACGAUACAAUCCUACCAACUGGAGGAGGACCUGAUAGGAAAUCACCGAUUUUCAUCAAAAAGGGGACCGCCGUUGCCUACAGUGUCUAUACUAUGCAUAGAAGGCCAGAUCUCUAUGGCAUGGAUGCUGAAAUCUAUCGACCCGAGAGAUGGAAUGAACAAAUGCCGAUGAACGACAAUCCAACAAAUCAGAAAUGGGGAUACUUGCCAUUCAAUGGGGGACCAAGAUGGACUGUCGCUCUUACAGAGGCCGCUUAUACAGUUGUAAGAAUACUACGAAAAUAUCCUGGAGUAAAGUUACCUGCGAACGAGAAAGUGGAGUUAACUGGGGUGGAGAAACAGACAAUGACAUUGGUGGUUUCAAUCAAAGAAGGAUGCAAUGUUCAUUUAUAA